UUCAUUUCAGUUACCAACGGCAUCUAUUUGGAAAGAUGGGACCGGAUAGAUUACAAGCGUGUGAAAUUCCUCCUCACAGACCCUCGUUAUCCAAGGCUGCCAUCGAAAACAAUAUGUCUUCCUGAUUUCCAGCAACCGCAGAGUUGGGCUGAUUAUUUCGGUGCUCGAGCAAGGACGUAUUUUGUUCCACAGCAGACUGGGAUUUACCGCUUCAUGCUUUGUGAGAGCAUUUAUUUUGAUUCUAAAAAUUUGUACCUUAGUCUUAAUUAGGCAUGCAAGAAAGAGGAGUUUAGGUUCAGAAAAAAAGAGAUAAGGGGGACAAAGGUCAAUGGGGUUGCGGUUGAUUGAUCAAAGUCUUUGGAGACAAGCACGGCGGUAGAUCGGUGAAUACUCAACAGUGCAACUGAACAUACCAAACUGAUUCGUAUUAUUGGGGUGUUUGACCAAUGAAGGGGUUUGAUCCAGAAAGGCAAAUGUUAUCCAGUCUGCGUGACAUGCGCUGUAUAAGCCAAGCUAGUCGAACGCAGCAUUUUGCGCUUCGCGCACUUGCCGUGUUUGCCUCGCAUGGCUGAUAAAGCGCCUGCUCUGCAGUCUAAUGUUAUCAAAAUGCUACGCAAUGGAAUUGUAAUUAUUAGACAUGCGCUUACCGAAAGUCAGAGCUGGCGCACGAUCGAACUGGUUAUUUUGAAAUUAAAAAAUCCUAGGUUUUUCUCGAAAUUUUUGCCAAAACCUACCAAUGCUGAAUAUACCCUUGAUUAAUAGGUUGAUUUGGUUGAAUAGUCUUGAUUAAUAGAGCCUAGGGAUUCUCUUUACUACUGUAGCAGUCUGGUCGGCCGGUUCUAACAGUGAGAAGCGCCCUCUAAUCUUCAUCUUACUGGCAAACCGUUACUCUCCCCUUCCAGUGGUUUUUUACCAGCGACCAACGAAUUUUCAUGUUUACACUUUCCCCUAGUCCCUGUACGGCGUUCUCCAUGGCCUUCUCAGUCAAUAGGAACUAUGCAAAUAUGUCACAAAUAUUUAAAUACUGGGGAGCAACUAUAUGGCAAACAUAGUAAAAGUUGUGCAAAUCCAUUUUUUCGUGCACGGUGUAUAACGUGUACAUGUAAUUUCUCUCAGCAUCAGAUGCCGGUAGUGAGCUUCAUAUUAGUACCAAUGAGAAACCUGUUCACCUUUCGCUGAUUGCGUCGGUUGAGGGAGGAUUUCCAACUCAACCAUAUGAGUUUGAUAGGUGAGUUGAAAGAUGUUUUGUACUAGCCUGCGUAGAACGCGCUUGGAAGUAAUGGGCGCAAGAAAGAACGGGGCUCGCGAGGGAAAAACGCCUCUCCCCUCGCCUGUCCCUCUCGCUCGCCCCGUUCUUUCCUGCAACGUUACUUCCAAGCGCCUUCUACGCAGCUAGCGUUUCCGAUAGAGUUAGUGCGCUAAAUAUGGAGCGAGAAUAGCAAAAAAAGGAAGAUCGAAGGGGGAGGGGAAGGGGGAAGAGGUUUCCUUUUCUCCCCUCCCCUUCCCCCUUUAUUCCUCUUUUUUGCUCUCAUCCCAAAUUUCGUGACGAACUCGCACGGAAACGCUUACUAUGCAAGCUAGUUUUGUACUUUAAUUUGUGUCGCACCCUUCCCGAGGGGGGGGGGGGAGGAGGGGGUCACUCAAUUAUUUGGCCUUGACGGGUAUAUGCCGCUGAACAGGGUAUGGUUUUUAGGGUCUUGUGUCUUAAACAGGGGAUAUAGUUUCAACAUUUAGCGUCUUGAACAGGAUGUCUUUUAGGAUAAAAAGCCUUUAAAAGGUCUGAAUGUUGGCGAUGAGAGUGGUCUACAUGGUAUCAACGGGAAUGUUCUUUUUUUUCCAAAAAGUCUCAUUCCAAGAUGUUUGUUUAAAAAAUGGUUUGAUAAUGUAUACGGAACGAAAUUAAUAAUGAUAAUAAUAAUAAUAAUAAUAAUGAUUUGGAGGUAGCACAUCCACAAAGUGGUUCUUCGUCUGCCCUACCCAGGGUCUUAAGUAAGGUCUCUUGUCUUAAACAGGGUAGCGAAAUGAAUGAUUUUUGUCUAAAACAGAACUAAACACGGCAAACAGUAAACAGUAUACCAUUGAAGUAAUCAGGUCUGAUGCGCGCUCGUGCAGUUUGAACUCCCUUGUGCGCUUUAUUAUAAGUCAAUACUUAUUUGGCACAGCGGUCUACAUGUGUGUUACCCGACAAUGUUUCUCAAAAAAUCUAAUUCCAUGAUGUUGGUUUGAAAAAUUACUUUAUUCUGUGUGUGGAAACGAAAUGGAUGAGGCUCAUGAAAUUAGGUCUCUUGUCUGACACAGUGUAGUGAAAUGGCGGCACACCUCUUCCCGAACGUCCCUUGAGUGACCUCGGGUCAAGUGCAAUAAUUACAGAGGUGUACAUUUGUAGAAUUUAUACAACUAAACAAGGUUAUAUCUAACGCGUCUAUCUCUUUCACGGAAGCGAUCACAUACGUAUUUAGCCACAAUUUUUUGCUUUUUCUCUCCUUGCUUUAUACUUAUCAACGUUGCAAAGGCAGAGCUUGGAGUCAUAGAGUCAAGAAAGAGAUUAGUUUCCUUUUUUAGCGUAUUGAACAGCUCUGUCCUGGAAUCCCUAUAGGUUAUGCAAUACAUCAAAUAAUGCUCCUCGUCCUCUAAUCCAGUUUUACAUAAUGGACAGAUUCUUUGGUCUGGUGGUUGAUAGGGUUUAACGUAUCGUCCAGUUUCAAUGGCUAGUUUGUGGUUGCUUAAUCUUAGCUUUCUGAUUGCUACUCUAUGAUUGAUGUUUCUUACAUUUGUGAGGUAAUUUUCGUAGUCAUGGGUAAGUUUAAAUUUCCUAAAAGUUCUUAGUUUGUUUUUUUGAUGCGGGUCCUUUCGUUCAUCAUUGUGUAUUUCGCUAAUCCAUGUUUGCUGUUCUAUGUCUAAGAGUCUCUGUCGUAUAUAGGGGUGGGGAUGCUCGUCGAAAAUUUUGAAUUAAACCCCUAAAGGAGACCGAUGUGGGCGUGGCCCAACCUUUUUUUGACCCCUAAAAGAGAGAAUGUUAAAACACAGACAAUAUAUAUAUUUUUAAAUUUCUCGCGUGCAACCCUAAACGAGACGUUCACGGCUUAAUAUGAUGGCGUUUUGCCCAGAACACCCUAAGUGAGACCAAAAUCCGAAUUUUACACCCCUGAGCGAGACGAAGAGCAUCCCCACCCCUUUCACAUGCGGAUUGCCCCCCGGGGGGGGUUCAAUUAUACAUCCCGACUUUUACCCGGGAUUAAAGAACCAAAUCGAAGGCAUACGAGGCAAAAUCUAAUCAGCGUUAUACGUAUGGACCUAUACAGGUAUCAAGGCCAAAUGUCUCUUCCUAUUCGUCUGGAAAAGGGCAAAUAUCAUUACAUGGAAACUAGAAUGAAAGAUGAUCACUUCAAAGCGUCAGAUUGGGUGACGGGAUUAAAUAAAGGACCAUAUCGGGGACAACCAGUAAUAUAAUCAACCUUAUAUGUAUGAAUCUAUACAGGUAUAGCAACCAAAUAGCACUUCCUAUUCCUCUGGAGAAGGGAAAAUAUUAUUACAUGGAAACUAUAAUGAAAGACGACCAUCAAGACGAUCACUUAGAAGUUGGAAUGCAGGCACCUGACGGGACAAAUUACACAGUAAUACCCUCUGCAUUCUUGAGGACCAGUUUGCCUGUUCCACCCCGUAAGUCAGUGACAAUGAACUUUUUCGAUACUGUCAACCUGGCCCGGCUUGUUCAAACGUUGGAUAGCGCUAUCCACCGGAUAAUUCACUAUCCAGCAGAUAAGUAUAAGGAAAACUAAUUGCGCCAUUCAGUGGAUACAGAUUUAUCCAGUGGAUAGCGUUAUCCACUUUUUGAACAACUGGGGCCUUAAAGACAAAUGAUGAUGAUGAUGACGAUGAUGAUGAUGAUGAUAAAUACUUGAUUGGUGGGAGGCAAACCAUUAUGAUGCCAGUUGGCUAUUUUAUGAGCUUGGUCGCCGACAAUUGGAACUCGGGAUUACCGAGAACAAAUCAAACUGGCGGUCAGGGCGGGACUUGAAAUCUGUAAAUAACAAUUCCAGCGCUUCAGUGACCUCCCAGUAUGGGCUGAUUGAGAGGUCAGAGUGCAGACAAUGGUUGGGAGGAAGAUUUCUCUCGAUUCAGCGGGAUGAGUUGUCGACGUCCGAAGGAAUAAUGCAUAUUAAAUUGUUAUCAUAAUAAUAAUGCAUUUUAGAAUCCUUCGAAUCGACAACUUCAUUAAGAGCCUAUUGUGACAAUAGGCUAGAAAUUUCUUUCUCCCCAUGUGAAGAAAUCUGAAUUCCGGAGUCCCGGAAAUUUUUGCCUGUGGAAUCCGGAAUCCAGAAAUGUUUUCUUGUAAAUCUGGAAUCCUGGCUUUCUGUAGAGUCUGGAAUACAGCUCAAGGAAUCCGGAAUCCCACUAACGAUUGGAAUCAGGAAUGCAAGUUCCACUGACAAGAAUCCGGAAUCCAGUCCCUGGAGUCCAGAAUCCGUAGCUUGGAAUCGACAAUCCAAGACGUUCUUGGAUUCUCUUAUCUGACAAUCGGACUUAAUCCUCUCGGUUGUGUAUUCCCGCUUACAGGACAAGAAAUAUGGAAGAGAAGUUUUUUUUUUAUGAAAAAGGCAAACGGAUUCAAGUUGACUAUUGGUCAAAUCAGGAAAGGGGACAUUUAUGUCUAUUUUGACAACUCACGAUCUCUAGUGUUUUAAUUCCUAGUUGACAACGAUUUGAUUCAUCCGUACGACGAAUGAGAUGCAUUUUUCCACUGUCGAAUUUAAAACGUUUAAUUCAUUUGUAUCAUUCCGUGGAGUUAACAACUUCUGAACGGCCCAGUUUAUCAAUUGAACACUCCUUUGGGGGCGCUAGUUAUCCAUUCAUGGUGGCCAAGAAACGUAUUUUUCGGGCUUAUACGUCACAAGUGUGAGUGUGAUCUAUUUGGAAGCACUGUUAACAUUCAAAAGUCACGAUCGAACAAAACAAAACGAAAGAAAACGAGCAAAGAAACAAAGACACACACAAAGUAUCGAGCAGUUAGCAAAAACUGUUGGACAGAGAAAUUAAUGAUUGAGCAAACAGGAACAACCUAACGUCAUUUUGAAAAUCACGGUAUUCAGAGAAACACAAUGAAGCCAAUCAAUGUUUUCCUUACCAGAGGCACAAUGCCAUCUAUUUCCAAAUAGCUGGGCAGCCGAGGCAAACAACUUUUCACGCAGAGCAGCAAACCUUGAGCAGUACAUGCAGGAAAUAAUGUUUCGCAUCUUUAACAGGUGCAUAGAAAACAGCUCAGGCUACUGAAGAAUUAGCCUUUGGCAGCUUUUGAUAGAUAUAUAGUUUUAGCCAAGCCUAAAAGCGAAGCUUCGGUUUUUAAUUUUUUUAAAUUAACGAUUAUUGGAUGAUAAAGGGAUGUUCAGUUCUGCAGAUAUUCUCCAAAUAGCAAAUGUCGUCGGUCCAAUUGUAGUCUUGUUGUUCUUGCUAUGUUUUGAGGCAUGCAGUAGUUACCCUAUGUCUUCUUCGCGAAACGUGUGAAAUGUUCCUUCUUUUUCUACUGCUCUACAACAAAGGAGACUUUUGUCUGAUUGGCUGUUAGAUCUUGUAGUGUUCAGUCUCCUCACCGUGCGCAAGUGAGUAAACAAAGAUGGCUGCCAAAGCCAUCCUCCUUCGAUCGUUCGUUUAAGAUGGCAUGGAAAGGUUUACAAAGUGUGAUGUCGUUCUCUUAGCCUAUAGCACAUAUAGGGGUCGUUGACAAGAUUUUUUGUAUAUGUGCACAUUGCUGAGUGCGUCGCAAAAAGAACUCAACUAAAGCAAAGUACACCGGCUGGGAUGGGAAAUUUUCAAUUUACAAAAUGCUACAAUUGAGUCUUUUUUGGAGGAGGAAACGUAUUUUCAACUUCACUGAAACGUCCUGCCGACCCGAGGAAAACGGAGAAAGGUAAGUUUAUUGUUUAAGUGGUAUGUUUUAUCACUCAAACUGUGUACAACGUCUUGAUUUUCAAUUAUUUAAAUGUUGUUGAGUUUUUUGUAAGCUUAGGCUUAGUUCUUCUGUUUCUUGCCAGGUUGUGAAUUUCUGACUGUACUGCCUCUUAAUGACGGAGUGAUGCAUGUAGCGACUCAGAGACCUCCUUAUUUUUUAAUUUUUUUUUCAAAACAUUCGGUAAACGUCUGCUUUCCUAACGGAUGCGGUUCCUGUAAUAAAUUUAUAAUAAAUGCUCAAGGGAGGACACCUUCUAUUAAAAAAGUAUAAGCAAACACUAAAUCUGCAUCCACAACUAAAGGGAACGCAAUAAUAGCCUAUUUCACAGUCACAGUCGAGGCUGGAAUUCACCUCGUUUUGAUACAACCCCUCCUUCUUUAUUAUGUAGAUCAUGUUGUUCUUAUGCAAAUAUAUAUUUUUUUUCAACAAAAGUUUACAUUUAUAAAAAAAGGAAGGAAGUUUAAUCGUAUCAACCUCAGCCUCACAUUCGCUCAAAGACUAUGACACAGCGUGCAAAGAAAGUCGUGUCUGAUAGCCCAGGGCUAGUGGAUUUUGCUAUCGGGCUAGUGAUUUUUUUUUAACGUGCCCCACGGGCAAGUGCUUUUUUUGGGGGAAAUUCAAAUAAUUUACAGAAGGAUUGUAAUCAAUCCUGCUAAUCAAAAAGGUUUUUGGGCUAGUUGAAAUGACUUGUGGGCUAGUACAUGCUAGCUACUGCUUGCCCGAAUGGCAGGCUGUAAAAUGGAGUUUCUUUGCACCCUGAUGACACCCAGCCCACAACUGUAAAAUGGCCAGUUGGUCUUGAAUGUAGAUACUGUAAGUCAUUCUGGAUGUCAUUCUUUCAGCAAUAUAAUAAUUGUGUUUUCCCUUCAGUGUUCUACCAUCUAUCUAUUUCCAUUAAUAAUAUUAUUAUUUCAUUUUACCUUCCCUUUCAACAAUAAUAUUAAUGUGCACCAGUUACCAUGAUAUACCUCUUUACUAACUUUUAGUACUUGAUACAGAUUUAGUAACACCAAGGUCUGCAUUGCUCAGGGUAGUGGGUAAAUCAGAUAAUGAUACAGAAAAAAACUUAUAAUGGCUGAAGAAAGAGAGUUUCUGUAUGAAUUUUUUAUGAAUGGUUACAUCGUAUACAAAAAUUCUGUUCUUCCUAUCUUUUAUCAGAUGUUUACCAGACCCAAAGUUUUAGUUUGUAUAGAAAGACAAUAUGUGAAUUACACUCUGAAAAAUUUUUGCAUAGUAUGAAUAUUUAUUAUUGUGCUUUGUCACAUUAUCUAAAAAGAAAUGUGACAAAUAAGCAGCUGAACAUCAUGCAUUUUUGCUGAAGAAGCCUUGAUGAUAAGAGUCUCAGCUCUUUGUUAGAGCUCAGAAAAAGUGUAUUUCCUAUGCAUGUCUACAAAUAUUAUAAACACUAUAUGGCUGAAAGUGUAUGGUUAUGAUUAUGGCAUCAUCUGUUUUGAUACAAGACUCUGAUAUUUUACUCAAGAUGAAGAAAAUAUUUUUCAGCAUUCAAAACAUAAAGGAUAUGUAGAAAGUUUGACUGUAUACUGUAUAUUGAAGGCAAGAGUCUAAAAUAAUUCCACACAGAAUAGCUCUCAAGGCUGUGCUUGCAAUUGUGCUUGCAGUUUUAAGACUUCAUACUUACAUGAUUGUGCAUCCAAGUGGAAAAUAUGGCAGCUGGCACCUCAUCAUGAAUAUAAUGUGCUGUUUCUCAUGGUCCUGGGAGCAGCUACUCAACAACAUUUUACAAGGGGUGGUUUCACCCCAAGUUGCCUACAUUUCUCUGCACCCUUUGAGGUUGUGCAAACACAUAGACCAAACCCAAGGUCCAAUGUCUUAUCCUUUAUUGCUGACAGGAAAGGUGUCUCUUUUCUCUCUUUCCCCCCUCCCCAUGUUCAAACUAUUUCUUUUAAAAGAAAAAUUCUAGCCACUUGAUGAAUAAAAGGAUAUACCCUCCCCAAACACCAAACCCGUAAGGACAGACCAGUAGUAGAAAUCAGAAAUCAGAGUGGGCGGUGAUGUUGUAUAUCUAGCUUUAGCUAUGACAGUAUCCACUUCAUUGUACAUACACUGUAUAUACUGCACCUACUACUAACUAGUGCUCCACAUUGUGCAAUGAAGCUGGUGCCGCAUGCUUCUCACUCCCAGUGUUAGCUUGCAGAUUAUUUACAUUUUUGCUGAUUACUUGAGACUCUUGCAGCAGACUAAGCUGGGAAAGGGAUACUGUUGUUUACUGUUGGGUGGUUGUAACAUAUGAGUGGGCCUAUCACUAGAGGGCCUUAUUAGCCAGGGUACUUAGAACUGGAAUACAUUAAUUCUUCUUAUUUGCAAAUGGAUGGAAGGAAAAUUAGGGGAGCGCAUAACCAGGGUUUUAAAGUGAUCCAUUUUCAAUUUUUUUCUUUGAUCCACCGGAACAGUAGUUAAAAGAAUAUGAAUGGACUGGCCAGAAUUACUUUAGGGAAUGGACCAGUCUGAAUGACACAAGUUGUAAUAAUUAAAUACUUUAAAAGUCAGGGAGAAUGGAGUUUGAAGUAACAAAACCAGAUUUGUUUUCACUUAAUUAAACAACAAUAGAUAUCAUAGCUAAACAUUUCACUAGUCUUUCAACUUUUGCACACUUACAUUUAAUUUAUGACAUAAGUUUCGUGUUAAUUCAAUAUUUAAGAGGAGACUUUCUGUUUCAAUGCCAUUUAAUUUCAUUUCCUCUCAAGCAAGCAGGGAGUUACAUGGGCCAGUAUGUCAUCCACUUUGACCUUACUGAAGAGCUUUUGUGUACUCCAGUUUGACCAUCAUUUUGUUUUCGCAAACACCUGAAAUAGGUGUGUAAAUUGUAUAUUUUAAAACAGCUGCAUCUGCAAGACAACAAAACGACAUUUUUAUCACUAUUACAUUUUCUACACCACAUACGACAAGUUUUCUCAGAGUCUUAGAUUUUCGAAAUGGUUCGAAGAAAACUGAUGUAACGCCAUCGCUUACGAAUGAGCAAUUUUGAUCGUAUGAGAUCCCGCUUCAACCUCAAUUUUGAGCAACAAGAACACCCCAAACAAUACCAUUUUUUUAUGCCAAGUUGUAGCAGAGUAAAUGUAGUUUCACCUGCGAAAGCCGAUUCACAUAUCACAACUUAGUUUUUCGGAUACUCAGGGGGAACCCCGGGCUGUUCAAUGUGGAUCCGCCUCUGAAAACGCCUUUCAAGUAAGCUUUGUUUACUACAAUGCUGAAAUAUUUGGUUCCAUACGCCCCGAGAAAACCAGACUUGGCUGAAAUAAUCUUCCAGUCACCUUUUAUGAAAUAUACAUUUCACUUUAACAAUAGACAGCAAUUCCGCUCAUUUGUAACUCUUCAAAACUCGAUGCCCUACAACCAGAAUUUCUUAAAUUGGAUUUCAACCGCACGACUUUCACUCCACCUUUUGUACAUUACGGAACACCCCAAAUUAGGUACCAAAUUUUUACAGCAGAUAGUGUAUACAUGAAAGAGUUACUCAUUGAUUGGAAUUUCCAUAUCAAAAACGAACACAAAAGUCUCAAGGGUUGGAACCGAGAUUUUAAUUUUCACGUAGAACAAAACUUAACUUAACAAAUUCCAGCCUACGACUUGCUGUAAAAUACCACGGAUUAACACCAAACGACAGCUGUACCCAGAAUUUGAAACAAUAACUUUAUUACAAUGCUGGACUCGAAUUCAAAGAAGAAAUGAUGAAAACUGAGCUCUUAAGAACUUGUUGUUUAUCGACACUUUGAUUUUGAAAUGCAAAUAGCCUGGCUUUUUCGCCAGCGCAUGGCAAGACGAUAAAAAUCUAAAAUACAAGCACUAGGAACCACGUAAUGAAUUGUACUUACCACAAAAGACCUUCUCCUUUUUGUUAGCGUCGAUUAAGACCUUAGGAACAGCCUUGGGUCACUUAAAAAUGACUCCACGAUUGCUCGCCGAAACAUUGUUGUGAGAUCGCCAUCUUUGUUAAUGUUAUGUGUCUACAACUAGCAGAGCUUUAUCGACCGAAAAAAUGCCGUAAAGAACGUGAAACAUGCUUGUCUGUCUUCACGUUGAGUUUGUUUUUAUGUUAAUGUCCUUUAACUGGCUUACCGUCGACCUGUUGAAGGAUAAUCCUCCUUCGAAGUUCGGGUGAUCAAUUUUUGCCGCUCAAAUUUGUUUGUUCUGUGAAAAGUACGAAAACCCGAGAAACCUGGGAAUAGUUCGAGCAUGCGCAGACAAAAGUCUCCUUUCUUCUGCUCUACCAAAACAACUCAACCUCGUCCCCAGGACAUGUCGGUUAACGGUCCAAUUUUCUGGCAUUUAUGCUGCACUAUACACCGAAUGCAAAUAUGGCAGACCUCUCGCCCAGCCCUGGUCAAGUUGCGCACAAGAGAGGCUAGUGAGGCCUCACGAGUUUUGUUUUGACUUGGCGUCUUAGCGAUUGAGUCGAUCGAUAUGGUUUGCUUCGAGUUGUUGCUUCGCUGGGCACCACCAAGAGAUUUUACUCUAACAGGAACUACCUUUACUUUCCAGAAAAUCUUUUCACAAAGAAAGUUAAGGAUUCACGCGAGUCGGCGCGGCGAUGGGAAGCACUUCACAGCGAAAGUGCAAGUGCAAGUGCAAGUGAAAGUGGUCGCUUCACUUGCUUUAGAAGAGAUGACUCAUGAAAGUAUUUGAAUGAAAGAAUUUUCGCAAGAGAUGGUGCUGUUCCACGAUUCUUGCAUAGUCUGUUAUUUAUCGAACAAAAGGUAAACGUUCUCGAGAACGGAAGCAUCCGCUGUCGACUUUAAGAUCUUUUAGAUUUCACUCUGGAAACAGCUGUAUUGAAAUAUAACAACAAUGACGAGUGUGAAUGAAACACAACAAUAACAAUCGCCUGUUAAUCCUACAAGCGUGGCCUAUGAGACCAUGUAAGAACUAGAAGGAAGCGACAUGUGUGAAGAAUAGUCCUUUGAUCAAAGUGCACUGACAAAACUAACAAAGGAAGUGUCGCGAACUAAGAAAGUGAAAAGAAGGAAAAAGGUUCUGGCAUGGAAAGAGCGUGCAAGAAAUUAGAGCAUUGUAUUAAUUUGCACUUGCGCGUCAUAUAUUUUUAUUAAGCAACUUGUCGAAGGGUUUCGAGAAUAACAGCGGUUUUCCAAAAAUUGCUACUUUUAUGGCACUACUCAAACUCUUGAACACAGGAUCGUGAAGGCUUUGAAAACAUUCGGCCUCGUUGUAAACAUUUCAUGCGCGCUGAGAAGUGUCCCUGAGAGCUCUUAAGGAUUGUUACAGAACCAUCUCUCAGGUAUUCUCCCAUUCAAUAGUUUCGUGAGUCUUCUCUUCUGAAGUGAAGCAGGCACACUUUCGUUCUUUUAACUCCGUGAUAGUAAAGUACUUCCUUUCGCCUCGCCGAAUCGCUUGAAUUCUUUUCUUUCUUCGUACAGAACCUUCGCAAAGGGAAGAUAAUCAACUUUGGUUUCUUCUGGAGUUAAAUGUCCUCAUUGAUGGCUCUUACUCGCGUAACAACUAGAAGCAAACCACAUCGAUCGACUCAAUCGCUAAGACGCGCAGUCAAAACUAAACUCUCAGUAACUCUUGAGGCCUCAUUAUCCUUGCUUUCGCGCAACUAGACCCGUACCGGCCGAAAGGUGCGCCAUAUUUGCAUUCGGUGUAUUGACGUCAUUUUCCACAUAUCGCAAACGUCUUCCAAAUUUGGUCAACGAUGGCUGUUUAUGAAGAAUCAACCGUGGGAUUUGAGCCAAUCGGAAAGUGAGAAAUAUCUGGAAUGAAUAAAUAAGAAAUUCGAUCGUAGAACGUCAUGAGCUCAGGGUAAGGGCAAGUAGUAGAGAGAGAAUAAAGAGAGACGAAGCCAAGAAAGAAAGAAAAAAACAUAGUCGAAGAUAAUAAAUAAUUAACGAAAUGAUAGGUUUAUCCAAGAUUCAAAUUCGAAACCCGUACUUGCAAGGUAAGGUACAUACUUACCACAACGCUACGUAAUGAACCAGAGCCUCAGGUAAAAACAACAUUGCCCUUAACGAAGUGAUAGAUUUAUCCAAAAUUCAAGCUCGAAACCCUUGCUUGCUAGGUGAGGUACGUGCUUACCAAGACGCUACGUAAUGAACCAGAUAUGAGCCUCAAGUGAAACGAAAAAUUGCCGGAGGAAAACGCAGUUUAAAGCCGGUCAAGCCGUAUUAAACGUCAAGCAUGAAUUCAAAGUUGUAUUUCAGGGAAAAAGCAGGGUUUUGACUGCAGAGAGCCGAAUUUGGACCCCUUAUGUGUAUUCGAAGAACAAAUGCCCUGUAGAGCCGAUAUCCGACGAUAAAACUCGACUGCUAAGUAAGACGCAAAGCAAAUGUUCUCUUACCUCGGUCUUAUUUUGAAUUUAACGGCCUAAAUCGCGUACAUUUCUGCUUAAAGUACUUCCACAGUCGAAAUUCAUCGCCAAAAGCAUUUUGCGGUGGCUAAAUGGCGUUUUUUGCGGGGUUUUGUUUACUCGCGGUCUUUGCUAGGUAACUGUGGACACCUGUGAGCUCGAUAUAUUGCCGCUUCGUGUCUCAGGCUACCUCGUUAGAGAUCCAUGCGUAUUCAAGCAUGAUGCGAAUUCCGACAAAAUUGUAAACGGCGCAUGGCGAGGAACUUAAAAGUAAAGACUGACUUUGUUUAUUUCGAUGUAAAAUUAGUUACUUUUUUGUGCUUAUGAACAGAUAAAAACUUCUCCUACCAAGCCAUUUUGCUUAAGGUAGCCGCGGAAGCUGGUGCGAAGGCUGGACUAUCUUUUGGCGAAAGAUGGGCCAAGAAAACAGGCGCAAAAGCAGGAGCUAAAGCUGGUGCAAUGGCAGGAGUACAAGCUGGAGCAUGGGCUGGAGGAACUGCAGGAGAAAACGCAGCCAUCAGAAUGAUGACGAAAACACUGGAGGAUGGGUUAAACAAUCUUCAUGGUAACGACGGGCAUAAAUAUAAGAUUAACGUAGUGGAUGGUAACGUGGUCUCAGUCACUGGACCUGGAAUGACAGGAGCCACUGCAGCUGCAGGAGCAGCAGCGAAUGCUUGGGCUGGAGGGACUGUCGGGGUAGGUGGGUCUGGUGGGGCCGGUGGAAGUGCAGGCUCGGCUGGAACUGCUGGAACAGGUGGAACGGCUGGAGCUUCUGGUAGUGCUGGAACUACGGCAGCUGCAGGAAGUGCAGGUGCAGCGGCAGGUGCUGCUGGGGGAGCCGGGGGAGCCGGUGGAGCCGGAGGAUCAGGGGGUGCUGUAGGUGCUGGGGCUACUGGGAGCGCCAGUACAGGAAGUAGCUCGUCUGGUGUUGCUGCAGCAGGAGGUGCAGCGGCUGCUGGUGGAGGAGGCUCUCAGGUUUCCGGUGCUGCAAGUGUAGGCGUUGGAACUGGAAGUGCUGGAACAGGCGGAGCCAGCUCUGGCACAAUAAAACCUGCCAAAGUGACGUAUAUACCAAAACCAGGAGAAGAUCCACAAUUAAUGGCACUUAAUUUGGUCUGGAGGGCCGGGGGAGCGAGGAAAAGUAAGUGAGAUAACGUUAUCGAUACUAGCAAAUUAACUCUUUGGAAAACCCGCUAAUGUUUGGAUAGACGGUGUAGCUGUUUUUACAAGACCGUUUUUACGUUUAAAAUCAUUCUAUCAAAUUAAGAAUAUCUCAUAUCUGAGUUCAAGUGUAAGUUUUGAAGAUAGAUAACGAGGCAGUAGUUAGUGAAUAGUUAUCUGAAUAGUUUGUAUUUGCCUUUGAAGUAUCAUCUUUUAUCAAUAAAUUGAAACCAUACUUAGAAGAGAUGAAGUCAUCUUUCCACCCUUGCAUUCAUGUAUCCAUGCAUGCAUGCAUGCAUGCAUCCAUUCUGAUUCAUUCAUUCAGUCAGUCAGUCAUGCAUGCAUGCAUUCAUUCAUUCAUUUAUUCACUGGGUUUUCAAAGGUUUUCUUAGUUUUGGGGGCUUCGUUCUUUAACUCUUCACCUUUCAGCGGCAUAAGACUCAACAACCGCGGGUGAAAGUAAAAAAAGAUAAACCUCAAACGAAUAUUCUUUCUUCCGCUCAACUAUGGAAUAAACUUCCAGAAGAUGUCAAGCUGGCCGAUAAUGUUAAUAUUUUUAAGUGUAAGCUAAGAUGAAUUCAGCUGUAAUUUUUAUAUUUUCCAAUUUUUUGUGUAAUUUUAAUAAUUUUUUAUAUUCAUGUGUACAUAGAUUAUAGAUUAUACGUUUAAUUUUUUUAUACUAGAUAUUAUUACUGCGUUCGAGGUACGAGAACACAACCCCUAAUUUGUGUUGGGUAUUCUGUGCAUUAUUGGGUGUCCUGUGCAAUUAAUAAGGGAGGUUUUUUCGAGAUUGCAUUCGUCGUCGUCGUCGACACACAUUUGCCUCGCUUUGAGGCGCUUGCUUACGUUUUGCCUCACUUUGACGCGCUAACUCAAGUGGUGAUUCGUGUGUCCUCGGCGUUCAUCUUUCAAACGUUUGCUGAGGUCUGCUAUUCUGUCUUCGUAAAUCGUUCAUCUUUUAAAAGUGUGCUGAAUCUUCAUAAAGCGUACAUAUUUAAGAGUUUGCUGAAGGUCUACUAUCAAUCUGUGUUUAAUGAAUCUUCCAAAGCGUUCACCUUUCAAAAGUGUGAGCACUAAAACUUUACACCCUGAGUAAAAUUUUACUUUGGAUUAAGCCUUCAUAUUUUUCUUUGGAAAAUGCGUGCUACUCCUGGUGGAUGCAUCAAACCGGGUUGUUUAGCUCGGCGUCCAUUGUGCCACAAAGUAAAUUUACCAGCGAGUUGUGAAGCUCAGCGUCUGUUGUGCCACAAAGUAAAUCUACUGAGUUGUGUAGCUAGGCGGCCGUAGUGCCACGAGUAAAUCUACCGAGUUCUGUACUUCGGCGGCCGUUAUUCCACAAAGUAAAUCUACCGAGAUGUGAAGCUCGGCGGCGGCCGUUAUACCACAAAGUAAAUCUACCCAGAUGUGAAGCUCGGCGGCACCAUUUCAUCAUGACUUGUGAUAUUUUCGGCACUGAACAAACGAACAUUUUAGCUCUAUGUUAUUUAUUUGGAAAAACGUGCCCAAACCACUGAAAUCAUCCAAUGCACUCGACCAAAUUACUGGAAAAGUUAUUGACGUGAGCCGCACACACAUUCCACUGAAGGCUUUGAUGAUUCCCUUGAAACGUGUGAAAUUGAGAGGUGUAGUGCAAGUGAACCAGUGUUUAAACACAACCAUUGUGUCCCGGCAUUCACCACAAAAAUCUGGUCGUAGGUCGUUCCGAUCUUUAAUAUCAUCACAAGUUAAGAAGACUUACCAGUAACGGUUUCCGGCAUUUUAUAGUAAAUUUCAGUAAUUGUCUACAAGUGGAAUUCCCAAUAUCAAAUAAAAUUAAUGAUUACAUCUAAAACUUUGUCAACUGUUUGCUUUUUAACAGUACCUGGGCCGGGCUUUUCAAAGCUGGGUUAAGAUAACCCAGGCGAGGAGGGUUAGUGCGAAAUUUGAACUCAGGUGUGAAAGUUGAUGAUUGGACGCUCUUAAAAAGAACUGAGAAAAUUAUCCAAAGAAAUGUUUUUUAACAAAAGAAAAAGAAUCCCGGGUUAAGCGCUGAUCUGCCUUCGAACAACUGCGCCCUGUAGAACAUCUUUUGCGUCAGUAAAACAAAAAGUUCUUUUUACACGCUCGAAGCACUCUGGCCAGAGUCUCCUCAAAUAACAAGCACUUGAGACGAACCAUACGAUAUCAGGCUGAUCACUAGCCUUCAAAACCUUUUCAUUAUCAUACACAGUUUAAAUGGAGGUUUCGCUGUACGCAACCCUUACGUUCAAAAUAUGCCAUAAUCAUAGUUAUCUAUCGCAAGAACCAUCCACCCUUUCCCCUCAACUGCUACCUGUACGCCUAGCAAACAUAUCGAACGCACUCUCCUAAGCUCCGAUUACUCCUAGUUAUAAUUUUAGAUUUAAUGCACGUUCGUAUUUUGAACGAGCACUUUAUUAUUGUUGUUGUUGUUGUUGAUAUAAGGAUAACUAGCAUUAUCUGAAUUAGUAGAAGUAAUAUGACUUAUAGUUUUCUAUUAAUACAUUUUGCAAGUUGCAAUAAAUUGAUUAAUCUAUUAUAAUUGUUACCUUUUAGAAUUAUUGAAGCAAUGAAAUAUAAAAAAGGAUUAUCCUACAUAAAGAUUCGUUUAUUGUUGUUCUUGUACUUUUCUAUAAUUUUCAUUAUACUUAAAUAUGUCUUUCUAAAUUUUUUGUUCAUUAUUUCUUUGUCUUAGUCGUAGCAAAUGGAAUGUAUACUUUUCAUUCAAUGGUUGCACCGUACAGCCAGGAAAAUCCCUUCCUCAACGAUUGCUGGAGAUCAAAAUAUGGUUUAUUCUACUUAGAUAAAUUUUGUCAGGUAUUUAUUACCCGUAUUCCUGCCUUGUCAAAAGAAGCCAGCACAUCGAAAGACACAGUUUCCUUUGAAUCUGCAUGUCGGCCAGGAUAUUUCUUGCGCCAAAAGAACUAUCACUUCAUUCUCCAAAAGAGAGACGGAACGGAACUUUUCGGUAGGUAGACAUCAGAAUCUUUUGCUUUCAGAUCCAGUUCGCGGGGUGUGGUGGUCCCUUAUAUGAUAUGUAGGCAUGUGCCGCCCCAAAUGGUACAGUUUUUGUCACAAAAAUGGGUAUAGCUUUUGCCCAUUAUGGUCUAUCUGAAUACGGACACGGUUUUAAAUGGAACCACGAGGACGUAUAAAUUUAUUAGUUAUUCAGCUAUAAACGUUUUUUUUUUUCAGAUGAAUAAGAUCGCCGAGUGUCAAAUACUUCUUAAUAAUAAAUAAUGCUUUUGUUGACUUCACUUGAACAAGGUAACCGGGGGAGGUACACCCAUAUAUGGGCUAUAUGGAUUUUGAGGGCUUCCAUCCUUAAAUAGGGCAUUAUUUUGACCUUUGUUUGCGUUGUGCUCGCCUAUCCUCCCUUGGUUCUCGGUGUGAUCCUUAGAAAGGGUUCCUUACUAUAUGAGCUAAAAAUUCAAGUGCGUAUCGCGUAUAUGCCCAUCUGCACCAGAAACAAAUCACCUGUUAAAACUGAACUUUACUUUCGAGAAAUAGGAAAGCAAUUAAAGAAAGAUUCGUGUGUUUCCAUUAAAUUCUUAGCCUGUGUACAGACGUCCCCCCUCCCUCAGAAAAAAAUCGGGAAAAGAGACCCCUGUGAAUCGCCGUCGUGAAUCGUGUAGUUCCGGUUACAUUUGUAUAAAUUAUUAUUUUUUUGUGUUUUUCUCUGACAGUUGAAAAGAUGUUGACGACUCUGGACUUUUCUAGACCACGUACGCAGUUAUUCUCUCGAAUGUUCUCAACCUUUAUAGCUAACCUAGUAAGCUCUAACUAGAAUAUCUAUCUAAAAUGUCAUUUAUAACGAGUAUAAUAUGCCUUCUUCAUAUAUUCUAAAACAUUCUUCGGUUUUCUUUUAGCUCAUAAAGUCGGUCUGUUUAUUCGGUGCAUCGAUUUGCUGUCGUUUUUGGUUUGACAGAAUUUGAUCCCGGAAGCACUGUUUACCUUUCCAGUCAAGCGUUCUAUGCAGGAGUUGAUCCAUUCAAUGAUUUCGAGUAGGUUUCACGUAAAGGAUCGUUCACUUUUCUUCAGCAAGGAAUUGUAAUAGAAAUAGCUCUACUUUUGCCUAAUUCUACGAGUCGUGACCGGCACAAGUUAGGGGCACCCAACGACGGUUUUUAUAAGGGCUUUAGUAGUAUUUUCCCGAAAAUUUUAGAUGCAGUUCAACGGAUUAUUAUCUCUCCAUCACAUUUUCGAAUCCGAAAAUUUUAAGUUUCCCUUUUUGUAAGAAAAAUAGCCUAACCUGGGCAGUGAAAUGUGAAAAUGAAACUUCAGAAAAUCGUAGGGAACUUAUUAGAUGAGCCUCAAAAAUUGUAUAUGGAUGGAACGAUCAUUUAGAAAUUUUUAGCCGUCCUCAAGCUACAGAAAAUUCUAGGUACUAUUUGCUUCUCCGAACAGAUAUUUUACAGAAAACUGUCGUUGGGUGCCCCUAACAAGUAGGCCGAAUGAGCCUUUUACAGACGCCGGGGGGCGUCUGUAACAGGCUAGCCGAACAUUUUCACGCAAUUUCCACUCUAAAAUCCAGAUAUAAGAUCUCUCAUUAAGCGUUGAAUUCUGUACGUCCUUCUCUUUUAUUUACAAUAGCCACCGGCAGAGAACAGACGCACCCGCAACCGGUGCAGCAAACACCAGUGGUCCGUUAACUUAACAUGCCUAUUCCACAGAGCCGUAAUACAUUUAAAAUAAUUUAAAUGCGGUAAGCUGUCGAUAAAGGCUGAGGCUUCCCUGGGGAAUCUAUUUUGAGAUUCAUUCACCAAUAUCAACACCAGAAAUUAUUUGCGUCAUACAACCAAUCAGAGGCUUUCCCCAACAUUCCGGGGAAACGGGAACACGAUUAACGACGGCGAUUCACAGACGUCUCUUCUCCCGAUUUUUUUCUGAGGGAGGGGGGACGUCUGUACACAGGCUAUUAAAUUCUUAGUUUUUCUUUUUCCCUUGAAUUGUCUCAUUUUUCAGGUUUGGGCCUUAAAUAAGCUAUUAGUUUUGGUCUGUAUCAUCCAUAAAUAGGGUCAGGGUUUAAGACCCUGGGUGGUACACACCUAUCCAAAAUUUAUGCGAUAACCGCCCCCACCAGGAAAAAGGUAAUAGAUUGGCGAACAGAAAACAACUUUCAGAGGCCAGUUCUGAAAAAAGGGUGGGAAAAAGUUUUGUGACUGAGAUAAGGCUAUGAUUUGGUAAACCGCGCGAAAGGUUUCAAAGAGUAAAAGUUUUUCCUCUUCACUUAAAGACUCAGUUUCGCGAGCCGCCACUUUUCUUCAUGCUUAGCAACCUAGCCCUUUUAUCCGUGACGGCAUUCCGUCGAAGGUAAGCUGAUUGGCAGGAAGUUCAAGUGGAAUGCCAACUUUCAAGAAACAAAAGAGGCAAGGUCGAUUUUACUGUCGGGAAUAUAUAUUUCUUUUAAAUUUAGCAAUAUUUAGGAGGGCACGGCCUUCUUCUUCAGGGUCUUGCAUACAAUGAUAAGAUGAAGCUAAGACGUUAAAAUUUGAAAUAAAGAAUAGCUAGCCUGUACACAGACGUUAUUUUAUUUUUCUUUUCGUUCUUUUUGGAGAAAAAUCGGCGAGCAAGCGAUAGUGUGCGAUAUGAUACUUUGAUAACAGGUGAAAAUUUAAAUUAGAAGAAAAUUGAACCUUAAAAGUACAUCUAUAUGAAAACAAAAACCGUUGAAUAAGUAAUAUGAAAGAAAUUUGAAAUGUAAAAAUAGUAUAAAUAAAUGAUUACAAACGGAAGAAAUAAAAAAUUUAAAAAACAUUGCAAUAUUCUUUAAAUUAUUUUGGUACAAGGAUUUUGUCCACUGAAUAUUAAAAUUACUCAAUUUCCUGGUAGAUUUCGUCUUAAUAUUUUAAUUGUCAUCUGUUAUUAAAUCCCCAGAUAAAGACAGUUCAUUUUUUAUCUACGACGUCGUGACGUACACUCGCAAUUUUCUCUUCAAUUCGAUGCACAAAGACUGGUAUAUCUGCGAGGAAAAUAGGGCUGAAGAUCGUGGAGUUCACAAAACAAGUAAACUUAGUCUAGACUUUUACAGUGGUAACCCAGACGUUCUUCCACGUUGUGCCUUUAUACUCAACCCAAUAGAAAAAAAUGGAGACAAGUUUAGGAACUGUAAAAACUUUAUUGGGCCAGUGGAAACUGCAGAAAUAAGCGGACAACCUCUUCCUCAUCCACCUCAUUUGGUUUCGAAUAAACCACCGUCUCCUUUUGGUCUACCAACCUGUAUACCAGUUUGCCCAGCGGGAACAACACAGCCGGGAGCUCAGGCAGGACAAGGGAGUAUGGGCCAAGCGGGUCCCGGCACCUCCGCUGCUGGAGCGAGUUCAUCACAUGGAGUUCAACCCUCAACAGCUGUUCAACCCUCUAACAAACGUAAGAGAUAGACGAUGAAUAUACGUAACUUCCUCUAAUACAAGCUUUCCCUUGAUAAAUACUACCCUUCCCUUUGAUACAAAAAAAAAGAAGUCAUUGCUGCCACCUACUCUUACCCUUGAGUAAUCAAGAGAGAUGAUAAACAAAUAUGGUGUCAAAUGAGCGCCUAUUUAAAUUUUUUGAGUCGAGAGGAUGGCUCAAAUAGGAAGGGGGAUUAUGGCUAUAACUUUCCGAAGGAAACAUCAAAUAAUCGCACAAAACCCACCUUUCCAAUAAGCAGCCGUUUAUCGCGCGAAGGAUAUAAUUGUCCCUGCUUUCAACUUUUAUUAAAAAUACAGAAAAAAGGAAAUUAAUUAAAAGUGGUUACGGGUGGGGAUAAGUGGAGAAGGUUUAAAUAGAUUGCAUUCAGAUCAACUUGUUCAACAGUCUGACACUGUUCACAGUGAUCGCACCCCCUCAAGAGGGUCAUAUUGGCCAUAACCGUCAGACGACCGAGGACGUAACCGUCAACCAUCAAAAAGCUAAAUUUUUUUAACGCCAGCCAUCAAGGGCCCAUUUACAAACGAGUGAGAAAGAAUAUUAUUAUUUCACUAAAUCAUCAUCAUCGUUCGACCCGGAAGAACAAUCGACUGUAAAUCGUCUGACUCCAACUGUGGCAUGUGUAUAAUUUUCUUGUAUGGUAAUGAAGUCAUGUUGGAAUAAUAAAAGAAGGUAACUGUUAACAAUUUUUAGCCUUUAACCGUCAGAGCAAACCCCCGAUUAUGACUCUUACUAUAAUGUACGUAACUCCGUUGAAAUAAUUGCCUCUGAAAUGUUUAAAGAUGGACUUUCCUGUAUGCGACAGUAUCCGAGGCGGACCAUGGUUCACCAUAAACUUGUUGCUUUUUAUCACAGCAUACUGUGUUGCGGUAAUCUUCGACAACAAGGUUGGCUCUCCUUUUACCUUGUACUCUUCUCUAAAACACGAGGGAUAUCUCGUCACUGGAUCUGGCUUUAAACUGAAACUUUUGAUAGAUCGACCAGAACUGCACAGCCACGUGACCUUCUACGCUAAAGACCGAGGUGGAAAUCGAGGAGACUUGUUAAAUGGGGAACCAAGUAUUUCAAGGCCUGUGGUUUCUAACUGUGAUUAUUUUUUCCCGGUAACUGUGACAGCCGAACAAGGCUCUUCAAGUUCACCCCCCGGAGCCCCGGUCACAUCUCCCCCUUCAUCUGUUCCCGGACAGUAUGCACCGCCAGCUGCUCCACCAGCUCCAGCAGCCCCACCUCUUCCUCCGUCACCACCUCUUCCUCCUCCACCACCUCCUGCUGCACCUCCGCCUGCCUUACCUCCUGCGUCAGCAUAUCCGGCUCCGCCGUCCCAACCUCCAUUAGCGCCACCAUCUCCUCCGGCUCCGUCCACAGCACCGGUACCCCAGCCGGCUUAUGCUCCACCUAGUCCGUCCAUUCAAGGUGCUCCUUCCAUGCCAAGAGGCAAGUAAAUCAUUUGCUAAUAGUAACAAUAUAAUAAUAAUAAUGAUGAUGAUGUUAAAAAUAAUAACUGAUAAAUUGUUUUUCUCUUAAUGUGCAUUAUGAAAUUCACUAGAAAGUAUAUUUCGGUGUGAAAUGCAUGGAUAUCAUUUAUGACGAAAAGACAACUAAUUAUGCUCUUUUAGUUGAUAAUAACAGUAACAGCAUGUAUAAUUAAUUAUAACAUGGAAGUUAAUAAUGAUAGUUACCUUCCCUUUUCUAAAGGCCUGUUUACAUGGUUUCUUUUGUUUUCAUGCUCUGGAAGACACAAAACAAAAGAAACUUACCCCACUAGACCGGGGUCCCCCACUCCAUGUAAACAGGGUCUAAGGAGUUCAAUAGCUCUCUUUUUUGUUAUAAUUGAAGACACCUCGAAUCAUGAAGGACUUACUAAACUCCUUUUAUUUCUCUCGGCCGUUUUGUUUGUCGCCUAAGAAAUAUUUACGUCUGUUCAUCAAAAUUUAAUUUUGGCCUGCAAACGGGCACUCGGCGGAGAGAUGGAAGCUGGUGAGAUUACUUGAAGGUUUCACUCUAAUUAUUUUCAGCGUUAAUUAAUAAUUUUUUGAUGUUACAACUGAUGGAUUAUUCAAUGACGUAGCUUUCGAAUUCAAUACUGAUUCCCUUGCCCUUCUAAACAACAAAGGUACUUAAUUUUAGACAGCAAUAUACUUUGGCAGCCUCCCCGUACGUACGAUUUAUCCAAUAGUUUUAUUUAAUCAGUUUAUAAAUAAAUAAAAGGGUUUUUUUUACCGUUUGCAGACAAUGGGUCGGUUCAUUACCAUUACCACUAUUAUAAAUCCAAGACGGCUGACCACCUCCAUGGUAAUGAUACACUUUUAUUUUAUGUAUUUAGCACCCAUAACAAAGCCUUAUUUUUCUUAAAUUUCACCAUUUUCACCUAGGCCAUAAUGCACUAAUUUACUUUUUUUACUUUUUUUGCAUAACUCGGCGUUGUCUUCGAUUUUCCUUGGUACGCCAGUAAUACCCGGGAGAAAUUGGAAACAAUGGUUAUGCAAAAUUUUGAUGGGUUUGUACUAUCGACCGAAGUGAACAAGAAAACAACGCCAUACUUGUUUGUCUCGAAUAACUCCGUACUUUCACUGACGGAUCACGUGACGUGAUGAACUCGAGAUUAACAACAUUAAAGGGUUAACAAGGUGCAUUAUGGUCAAUGUGAAAAUGUUGAGUUGAUAGGGGAAGGAAGUUAAAAUAAUGAUCUUGCCCCAGUUGUUCAAACGUUAGAUAGCGCUAUCAACCGGAUAAAUCACUAUCCAGCGGAUAUCUAUUAGGGAAACCAAUUGCGUUAGAGCGAUCUUCGCAUGACCUCGAAAAAUGGUUUCGGUAAGUGUUUGUUAUUUGUUUCAUAAGCCAAUAGGUGAAAAAAUCAAAACAUGGCCUCGAAUAAAAACCCGAAUAUGGAGAAGGCAUUGCUCGAUUGGCCAUUUGUGUUGCAGUAUGACGUCAAAGCGAAGUAUCGGUUGAUUUCUAGAAAGUUCUCGGGCAUGAAGUUUCUUCAGCCGAGCGUUGGCUUAACCAACCAGAAGCCACGCGCGUUUGUAUCUGUUCGUUAAGCCGAUCAAAUCGCUCUAUUUCCGUUCGUUUGUUGUUUCUGUUUUGUUCGCGCGUUUUCAUUUCAAGGUCAUACGAAAAUCGCUUAAUCUAGUACUGGACAAAAAUUUAUCCAGUGGAUAACGCUAUCCACCUUUUGAACAUCCGGGGCCAGGAAUCAUUUCCACACUUCAGAUCAUUCUUCAAAUUUAUUUAUUUUGGCGUAUAAGUCAUCACCAAUCAGACUUAACAUCUGUGAAGGAUUGGUUCGAUUACCAGCCGAUACGCGGGAAAAUGAGCCCCCACUCAUCUCCCCAAAAGAGAUUCGGGGAGGAUCAAAGUCCAGACUCUGGGGACGGCGGAAAUCGACCCUAUGUGAAGGAUACUAAAUAAUUAGAUCAGAUAGCCAUGUGAAAGAUACUAAAUAAUUAGAUCAGAUAGCCAAUCUCGACUCUUUUGUAAACGUUUUAAGAGCAAAGAAGAGUGUUUUACCUAAUAUCCAAUAUUUUUUCAUAUGUUUGUUUCUGAAGCUUGCCCAAGCAGCUGUUCUCCUAAUUCUGUUCCAUGCCCUCCCGCCUGUCCGAUACACUGCUGUAAGCGAGACUUGGACGAGUACGUAGACGAGGAGGGCGACGAAGAUCAAACAACAGAGAAAUGAUUUUGCCUUUAUCCUAGAAAAUGGAACUUCUGUAAUGUAGAUGAUACAUGUACAGUUUGUCCUGCACUUGGGGAUUAGACGACCUAGACCUUGGUCGGGCUAGAAUGAAAGAAAACAGCACAGAAACCUUAAUGAAAAGCUAGACAAGGGCCUUGAUUACAUUAUCCUGCUUUCUCAGCUUCAUAUGCCUUGUUGUAGAUACUCACAAACUUGGCUUCCAGCAAGCUCUUGACUAAGGGGCGAGGGAAGAGUACUGGAGAGCUCACUUGAGGUCUUGCUAGCGAGCAGCCUCAGCCAACCUGUCUAGCCGACAUUCUAGGCAGCUUAAGCAACAACGACGGCAAAGGCUACGAAAACGUCACUUAAAAAGUGAAGUCGCACUGCUUCAAACUUUAUCGCUUUUAUUCCAUCUCGUUCAAUUUGUCAAAUGUUGGCAAUCUUUUCUGGAGUUGAAUUCUAAAUGACUCUACCGAAGUUCAGGGAAAGAAAAAGAAAGUCGUUUGUCUCUAUUGUGUCUUGUGUUCACGUUCUCCACAAAACGUGAAAUUAGGUAUUUUCACGUCGUGGUCGUGCAGUGAUGGAGAAGAAAUACAGCUAUUUCGAGAAAGGUUGUCGGAAAAAAUGUGCACGCGACAAUCCCGAAAGGUGAUAUGGGAUAUGAUCAAUACACUUUUCCUGACACUGUAGCUGUCGAACCUACUUUUGUUGCUUUCCUUUAGCACUCGCAAACAUACUCCCAUGGCCUCUCCUGCCAUUCUUUCAAAUUUCUUUGAAGAACAGUGAACCUAAAACUGUCGCGUGCACUUUUUCGGACAACCUUUCUCGAAAUAGCUGUAUACAAAAAAGCGUGAUGCACGUGAACAGUUGUUAUUUUGCCAGUAUAACGUAUUGCUUUUUUGCCGUUCUUGUUGACGUCGUCGUCGUUUCGUAAGCUCCCUUCUACCAAAAUAAAGGGGCUGUAUCAUGGAAGUGGCCCAUUUUGUUUAGCGUUUCCUAUGGCUUACAUUUAAGUCUCUCUAAAAAAGUUUAUGACCGUUUAACACAACACCGGCACCCUUUGGCUGGGGCUUAUAUUAACUGUAUUCGCUGUUCUUGGCAGCACUCAUUUGCAAUCAUUAUGUAUUUCUCUAAAUAAAGUAGAUAUGGUUUUACUCAAACUCAAAAAGACGCCAUCUUAAGUUUUCGGAAGACCACUCUGGUUUGGUCCAUUUGCUAUAAAUCACGCACUUGACGCGUGGUUACCGCUUGACUUCUUUAUAGUGGGUCCCAUUUAACCAGCAAACUUGGAUAGAGCUCCAUGCCACUUUUCCGCUUUUCAUUCACAAAAGAAAAUUCUACCCAGGUAAAACUGGUUAUAAUAGAAUAUACGUAUGGAAAACGCAUAUCGAAAGUCCCGAAUUGAAGCUCUGAAGUUUAUAUUCUGGGGCUUAUGUUCAGAGGGGCUUUAUAUAAACAGCUAAUCUCAGGAAGAACUGAUUUACGUUUCGAAAACCCAUUGGUUUUUGAGCGUGAUCAAGUGAUCUCAGUUUUAUAUUUUUUACUUUUCCUGUCCCUUAACUCAAAACAUUGAUUUGAUUGUACAGUAUAUAGAUCUUUAAAGUAAUAUAUGAAGAGAGGGAAGAAUAAAGAGGAAAUAUACUUUUAAACCGUGUUUAUUUCUCAAGUCUUGUAAUACAGUUAUUCAGCCAGUGUAACGCUGGAAUUAGCGCCCGCUUUAAAAAUACACCUUCCUCCUCGGAACACGGAAUGAAUUACAGUAAUAAAACAGCGUAAGAUUCGUAUAUUUUUAAAUAUAAUGAUAAAACAAUGUAAACUGGAGUCGAUUAAACCCGUAAAAUAUGAAUAGUAAAUAGCCCUCGCCCUCUCCUUCUCUUUUCGCCCUAGAGACUGAACUGAGCGCUCAGUGCGCUAAUUUGAGCAUGCGCAUUUAUUGUUUUAACAGACAAAGGGACUUUGAGACGCAUACUGAAACUUUUAGCCGAUCCUGAUAUACCUGAAAUCUUCAGGAGUUAUAAGGUAGAGAUUUUGAAAGCAGGUGGAGAUUCACAUAAUCAUAAAGCAGUAUAGGUUUGCAGUGCCAUGUUAGAAUGAGGGAGACUGUUGCGGACUUACACUGAUCAGGUGACCAGUUGCGUCUUAUCACCGUAUUUGGCGAAUGAAGAAAGCCCUUUAUGCGUCAAACCACCAUAUCGGGGGGGAGGGGGUGACGGUAAGCACAUGUUACAAAACCUUGCCCAAAUGAAUUCCGACAAGUACCUAACCAUCGAAGAAAAAUCUUGGACGCCUAAAGAAACAUACAGAAGUACUUAACUGACAAUAUAUUGGGCUAAUUAAAGAAACUCGUACCCGCUCCCCUCAAAAUUUCUUAUUGCCCAGCCCUUAUGAGUCUAUAAUGAGCAGUCGACUAGGGUGUUUUAUACAUGAAUGAGAAAAGAGUACCUGCUUACCAAAGUGAAGGAGGGGGAAGGCUUCAAGGGAAUAUACAUGUAUGAGUUAACGUGGAUGGCGUAAACUGAUAAAUUUGAUGUUUAAUUUCGUUAGUCUUAUUUUCGAUCAUUCAAAUUGUGACUAUUUUUCAUAAUAGUACUUCCAACAGAGUGUCACUGGUGUUAAUUUUUGUUUUACGUUGAUCACCCAUCGACAAACGAAUACAUAAAUAUUUAAUGUUAAAAUUGACCUCACUGAAGAGGUCUUCUGUUUCCUCACCCUUUCUUCAAAGCUUUUGAUAUGAGGCGUUUUGCCAUUUUUUUUCUUGAAGUAAGUGCAUUUGCGUUUAUUGUUGUUUCAAAUAGCCACGAUUCUCAAAGACGAAAAAGAUAUUGGAAAGUGGGUAGGUACCGUGUUACUUUUAACAUAACCAAGCUAGUGUUCUGUUUGAUCUGUUGGAUACAUUUUUCCUUUCAUUAAUAAAAUGCGUAUUUGUGACGAUAUUGACAUGACUCGCUUCUACAGAUACACUGUUCUUACUGACAGUAUUUAGUGUCCCCUUAGCGGAGUUUGCCGCCCACCACAACUCUUUAAUAAACGUGUGUAUUUUCCUUUAAAAAGCAGUGAAAGAAACCGGCUGACGACUGAUUCUCAUUACCUGCAAGACUCUAACAUAAGGGCGUUAUAUACAAGUGACGAGAGUCACACAGGCACAAACACGCCACCAAGUAUCUUUACUAGCUUAGACUGUUUUAAAAGUCUUUUUUCAUUUUUAUCAUUCGAUAUAAAAGGAAAAAAAAAGAUUUUAUGAUUUAUCAGACGACCUGUGAUUUAUGUAGACAAUCAAAGUAAAAUCAGGAAAGAUCACAGAUGUAGUUGGGGCCAGGCUACGGGACGUGUUUCCGCCAAAAGUAGCAAAACUGAAGGAGUCCAUAUUUAAAUAAGUUUUCCUCCAUAAUAUCGAUUUUUUAAAAUUUUCAAGACUAGAAAAAUAACAGUACAGAACAUAGCCCUAGGCUGCAAUGACCGCUGGUCACAUUUGAGUUUCCUUUAUCACCAUAAAAAAGCAAAACAAUCCUUCACAAAUUGCCAUGAUUUCGGUUCCGUAAGAUUAAGUCUAUAAGAACACACAAAAUUCACUUGUUUAUUCAUACCUUCAUGUAUGUACACGACUAAAUUCAUUCAUUCUGCAGAGACAUUCACUUUUAAUUUAAACCUUAUCUAAAAAGUAUUUGUUGUUAUUUGGAAAUUUUUUUUUGCCCUCAGUGUAUAUUGCGCCCGACUGAGUUUGGAUAAAGAUUAUCUGAUGGAGCACUGAACGAUGCGGUUGUGAGCGCAUUUUUUGAACACUGAAUAUGAAAAAAAUAUGGAUGUAAUGAGAUUAGGAUGAAACAGAGCAGUUUAUCAUUGAUUUUCUUUUUUAUCUAGUUAAAGGUGAACAAAACGUUAUCCGUAGUAAAAGGACGUUUGGCAGUUCAGAGCCACCUUGUAACAGUGAGUAUAAUUUAUCGUCAUUCUAACAGUUUGGAUAAUUCCCUCAAGGUUGCUAAUAAACGGAAGAAAAACGCACGUAAAGGGCAUUGAUUUGGCUAGUAAACAGAAUUCUUAGGUAAAAAAAUCCUAUCUCCCGUACGUAAGUGAGUUCCUUCAGUGGCGAUGUUAUUUGGUGCAUUUUAAAAUGAGUAAAAGAUGAAGAAAGGCGGAAGACUUCAGUAAAGCUUGUCGUGUAGGAAGGUAAAAGAGGCAAUUCGUAUCAUGAGACUCCAUCUCAUCAUACAUGAACAAACGGUUAGACACGUUCUUCUCAUGUCAGUCCCAGGUUAAUAUAACUUAACAGUAACCGGUUAAAAAAAAGUAAUGUGUGUGAUUAAUGAAGGUCUUUUUCUUUUGUGUAGUGACCAAUGGUGUUUACUUGGAGAAAUGGGAGAAGAUUGAUUAUAAACGCAUUCGAUUUUUGCUGGAGGACCCACGAUAUCCAAAUCUGCCAAGCUUCAGUACGUGCAUUCCCACAUUCGAGCAGCCUUCAAAUUGGGGAGACUUCUUUGGCUCACGUUUGAGGACAUACUUUGUUCCAUUUCAAACUGGGGACCAUUACUUUUUCCUGUGUAAGAAGUUUUUACAGAUGAUUAUUUUCAGCUUACAAAUUCAAUCAAUAUCUGAAGUAAUUUUUAAAAAAAAGUUUGGUUAGUAUUUUCUAAUUUCGUGGAAACUUUAACUACUACUACUAAGAAUGUGACAAAUGCAACGUCUUUAGCUAUCGAAAGGGUACAGAAGGCACUUCUAAUUUUUUUCAUUCAUACUAUAUUCAUUAUACACUUGAAGUUUUUUUAUUCAUCUCAUGACAACGUGUUUUGUUUCAGCUUCUAAUGCUGGAAGCGCGCUUUUCUUAAGUACGAAUUCAUCCGUCGGAGGAAAAACUCUCAUUACCUAUGUUGAUGGAGGCUUCCCUACAAAGAUAUACGAAUAUGACAGGUAUAAGAAUUUUCAAUCAGAUACAGUUUCAAUUUUUUAUCUAGUUAAUGCUUGAUUUGUUCAACGGAUAGAGCGCCUGUGCGGUCGGUCUGUCACGUGAUAGGUGCGCGCAAGAGAGAGUAAUGAAACAGAGAAGGAAUCGUGGGACGUUGGCCAGGAUACUUGAAUUUCGUUAAGUUAUUUUUAGAGGUUGUAAUUAAACAGGCCCUAUUUGUUCAAACAUUGGUUAGGGCUAUCGAUCGGAUAAAUCACUAUCCAACAGAUACGUAUUGGGGAAACUACAGUAAUUGCACUAUCCAUUGGACGGAGAUUCAUCCGGUGGAUAGCACUAUCCAGUCUUCAAACAACCGAGGCCAAGAGUCUUAUUCUGGGGACGUCUGUAUAUUUUAAUCUAUUGUUUGAAACGUCAUCAAGUCCAGGUGCGACUGCCGCAAAGCAAAUGAAUGCAGAAUAUUGCAGUGGAGCAACAUCAUUAUACUCUAUUGACAACAUUGAUUGAAAGUUUGCGGACCUCUUUGGAAACCAACGUCCGAUUAAUUUCACGGGUUUAAUCGGUCUAAAAUAACUUUGGUGAUUUUCACAUAUCCCAAGGGCUAGACUGGGCGUUUUCCUAUCGGCCCCAUUAUUCUCGCUUCUCUAAUUUUUUUGCCUGUUGUUCUACUCUAAUGACAUGGCAAUUAUCACAUCACUUAGGAUAUAUGAAAGAAAUCUUAUGAUUAUGUGAACUGCAGUUGGAGGCUAUGAAAGUGAUGUAAUCUUCCAGUUAAUUAAACAACUUUAGUGGUUAAAAAACUGAAAAAAAAAUUCAGAUAUACGACAGUUUCCCAGCCCUGGGCACUAAACAUUGAAGAAGACCUCAGUCUUGUCAGAUUCCUCUCUUAAACACCGAACUUGCAGGUAUACAAACCAAAAAACCCUCCCGAUUUCAUUAAAGAAAGGUAAGUAUUACUACAUGGAGGCUAUCAUGAAAGACGAUCACCAAGAGGAUCAUUUAGAAGUUGGUUUGCAAACCCCGGAUGGAACAUUCUACAAGGUGAUACCCUCCGAGUUCCUACGGACCACAGUUCGUCUUUCUGCUUGUGAGUAUAGCCUAUACCAUUUCUUACAUGGUCCUACGUUUAUUAAGAGUAGAGACAAUGGAUUUGUGCAGAGAAAUUUUCAGUAAUGAUCAAACCUUUUCCAACCCGUCAUUUCUAGCAUCUAUAAGAAUGUAGAGUAUGGCUGACUUGUUAACUUAUUCACUUGAUUUUUUUAGUAGGUCAACGUCAUAAAGCAGUUUUGCUAUUUGCAUUGACAAAAUGAAAUCAGCAUUUUUUGGUGUCAAGAAGGCUCUUCUGUAUUUUCCUCAGAUAAGAUAUUUCUAAAUGAGUACUUCUUUGACACAGGAGAGAAACCCAAAACGAAAACACUUUUUUAUCUUGCUUAUGAUCAUCUGGGGAUGACAUCAUUUCCAUUUCACCUUCUGCAGCUCAAAACUUUACCUACCAAUCCAUCCUUAUUAAAGUGGCAGCCAAGGCUGGCGCAAGUGCUGGCUCAUCUUUUGGCGCAAAAUAUGCAAUGAAAAGUGGUGCUGAAGCAGGAGCUAUAGCCGGUGGAAUAGCAGGGGGGCAGGCUGGAGCAUCGGCUGGUGCAGCUGCUGGCGAGAGGGCAGCGAUGGAAAUGACUGCGAAAACAAUAGAAGAUGCGCUGAACAGCCUUCAUGGAGACAGCUUGCACAGAUAUAACAUCAUUUUAAGGAACGGAAAUGUAGUUGCUGUGACCGGACCAGGGCUGGAUGGCGCGGAAGAAGCAGGAGCGACUAGUGGUGGAGCAGGCGGUGGGAAAGGACCCAACGAGGCUGGAGGUACAUCUGGCUCUGCCGGCAAUGGUGGUGGUGGUAGUUCAGGAGGAGGAGGUGGUGCAAAAGGAAAAGGAAAAGCAGGAAAGGGGACGGGAGCAGCGACUUCUGGUACUGGUGUAGGCAUUGCUGGCGGUUUGGGUGCAGGCGCUGGGGCGGGUGUUGGUAAGACUGCAGGUGUGGGUGCGAGUGGGAGUGUCAGCGGAAGUACAGAAGGAGCUACUUCAGCUGGUGCAUUGGUAUCUGGAUCAGUUGCCGGUGGUGUGGGAGGCGGUGCGGGGUCCUCAGGUGGCAGAGCAAGUAUCACUGGUGGCAUGCUUUCUGGUUCGAUAUCACACCGUCAAGUUACCUAUAUUCCAAAGCCAGGAGAGGACCCACAAAGUCUUGCACGUUCUUUGGUUUGGAGAGCAGGUGGAGCAACAAAACGUAAGUCAACACCCAUGAGUUCGAACUUAAGAUCCAGAAAAUAUUGUUUUGCUUUGCUCCGCAAUACUUCUAGCUAUUCAAAAUAGAAAGUUAUUUUCCAAAAAAGACAGUUUGCAAUAACAAACUUUACCUCAAAAAAUUUGAGCCGCAGGUCUUAUAGUACGUAGCAAGGGUGGCACAGUUGGUUAGUGCUCGGCCUUCGGUGCUCGAGGUCCCGAGUUCGAUCCCUGGUAACAUCACAUCCUUGAUUCAAAUUCUCUCCUUUCUGCGUAGCUAAGCUCUGACUAGCUUUAAAUACCCUAAAACGGAGCACUGAUGGAGAGAGGGGGGUAAAAUGAGAGCACCGUCAACCUCAAGUUUAGCAGUUAUUACUGUCUCGAGUUAUCCACGUAAAAUAUGGUUGCUUUACCUUUACCUUCACCUUUAGGUAAAUAAAUUAUGUUAUAGAGUUAAGUGUGAGAGCUGGCGAAUGGAAGCAUGGAAGGUGCAUCUACAAUUUUUCCUCUAAGUUAAGAUUGCUCAACUUCCCUCUGAAAUGAAAGACGUUCUAUGCCUCCCUUAAUGACCUCAGAAAGGCUAUUCCACAACCUACAGCCUAACUGGAAAGACACUCAUGUCCUAGGCAGGACGCGGGAGUAGGUUGCGCCUGCACGUCCCGCUACCCCUGAGAUUUUAGAUAGUGUACAAGUUGUGUUAACUUUGUGAUAGCAUUAUCAAUGAAAUGACAGGGGUGAAAGAAGCAAUCUUAGCAACAAUAUCUGACUGGCAAACGAUUUCCUUCAAACAACCAGUGAUAGCCAUAUAUAAACAGAAAACUGAAACAACACUUUCCUUUCUUAGUUGUAGACAAAGGAUUAUAUACUGUCCAUUCUUUUGACGUGCCUUACCAGCAAGAAAACACUUCCCUUAACUUCUGCUGGCAAGCACACAAUGGAGACUUAGCCUUAAGAGCUUUUUGCCAAGUGUUCCAAGCAAGAAUCCCCGGGUUGUACAAAGCCGUCGAAAAAAAGAACGAAACAGUAUCGUUUGAGUCAGUCUGUUUACCUGGUUACUUCAUGAGACAGAAGAACUAUCACUUUAUCCUUGAAAAACGCGAUGGAAGUGAUCUAUUUGGUGAGUCAGUAAAUACUACUUAUUAAUCGAGAAUGAGGUCAUUACAGAGAAAUCUCAGACCGAGGCCUUGAAUCUAUUGUCUAUAAAUUUUGGAUGGACAGGUGCAAUAUAUGUUUUUCAACCUUUCUCUUUAGAUAAGGAAAGCUCCUUCACUGUGUAUUCUGUGAUGAAAAUAUCUCGUAAUCUUAUGCUACAAAGUAUGCACAAGGACUGGUACGUUUGCCAAUGGAAGACGAACGUAAAGGAAAAAACUGACAUAAAGUUGGAUUUCUACAAUGGCAAACCAGACGUCCUUAAUCGUUGCACGUUUAUGUUUCAUCCGAUAGCACAGAACGAGGAUAAAUACAGAAUGUGCAAAAACGUAUUAGGACCAGUUAAACAUCCUGAAAUAGUCGGACAACCUCUUCCUCAUCCACCUCAUCUUGUUCCUCGAAAACCAAACCCACCCACCGCACUUCCGUCAUGCAUUCCAAUCUGUGCAGUGGGUUCGACUGGGGAAGAAUCUGGAAAACCGAGGAUUUUCAGUCCUUCUGUUUCCACCAAUGGCACAGUUAACACAGCUGCAAGUAAGUUUUCAGAAGAAGGUCCGUCGAGGUUAAGGUAGUUGACCCUGUCUGCCCUAGAGGGCAGUUUUACAGAUAGCAGAUAAUUAACCUCAAAUUGUUCAAGCUUUUUUUUACGUUUGAAUACUUCGGAAAAUACAGUAACGUUUGCUAUAGCACUAACGUAAGCCGUUAAGUCUUCUCUGGCAGGAUCUGACAAGAAGUGAGGUACCCGCCUCGCGAACACUUGAACGUACUUCACACUCUUCCUAAACAAAAGUGUUUUUGCAAUUCAUCACUGACACAGCAUCAACCUUCCGUUUAGUCUGUUUCUCUUUAGUUUCUUAGUUUAUCGUAUUUUUUCGAUAAAUUCAUAUUGCGAUCGCGCCUACAUCAUUUGCCUAACUUUAACUAUAAGUUGUUGUUUUUACAGAGAUGUGUGUGGCACUGAACUUUGUCAACAAUUUUGGAUCUCCAUUUAAGCUGUACUCGUCUUUAAAGAAUGAAGGAUAUCUUGUUACUGGAAAUGGCCUUAAGCUUAAACUAAUAAUUGCUCGACCUGAACUUCAUAGUCACGUGACAUUCUACGCGGAGGACCUUACGGGUAGAAGAGAGCUUUUUCUAAAUGGAGCAUCCAGUAUUUCGGAGCCAACGAUUUUGGGAUGUUCCAAGUUUUUGACGGUAUCCGUGACGUCUGGAAGAGGUGACUAA